UAGUCUACAUACUUGAUGUGCAAUUAUCAUGACGAGCGGGAAAUCAAGAUUAAGAUGUUAAAAAUACACUUCCUGAACGAUGACAGGUUUCAAUGUGGCCCCACCUUCAUAGAGAUCCUGGCAAAGGACUAUGCCCUGUUGGUGGUAAUAAGGAUUUAGUAAGGUAUGGUAUGUAUUGACCUGCUGCCAAGUGUCACUCUCCACUCUCAGAUUUAUGGAAUUCAAACUAUUUAUUUGAACUGGAUGUGUAAUUGGUUAAUUGAUGGAACAGGUUUAACCAGUAACACUGUUAGUCGUGGCAAUACUGGGUAGAUAUAAGAGAGUGCUGAGAGAGGACAAGGGUACUUGCUGACUUACAGAGACAGAGACAGAGCGCUGAAUGCAAAUAUGCUGAGAUAUCAGUGUGUGGUCGUGGCCCUGGUCCUGUACUUAAAAGGUUCCCUUUCCCAGCUCAAUGAAUGUGGUAGUGCACCUUUUAACACGCGUAUUGUGGGUGGACAGAAUGCCUCAGAUGGGGUGUGGCCAUGGCAGGUUAGUUUACAGAGCCCUGUUUACGGGGGCCAUUUCUGCGGAGGAUCGCUCAUCAACAAAGACUGGGUUCUGACAGCAGCCCACUGUUUCUCCAGCAAUAUGACUUCUGGCCUGACUGUGUAUUUGGGGAAACAUACUCUAAAUGGCUCUAAUCCCAAUCAAAUUGCAAGAGGUGUUACACAGGUGAUCCUUCACCCCAGCUACAACACUGCAACCCAAAACAAUGACAUCGCUCUUCUACGUCUGAACUCCUCUGUUAUCUUCACAAACUACAUCAGACCAGUGUGCCUGGCAGGUCAAGGCAGCCGUUUUCCAGAUGGCACCAAUUGCUGGAUCUCAGGCUGGGGAAGCAUUGCCUCUGGAGUGCGACUGCCAUCUCCUGGUGUGCUGCAGGAGGCAAUGGUGCCAACUUUCAGUACAAAUCUUUGUAAUUUUCUACUGGGAUAUGGAUCCAUUACCACAAACAUGAUGUGUGCUGGUUAUAUCCAUGGAGGCACCGACACUUGUCAGGGGGAUUCUGGAGGUCCUCUUGUGACUAAGCAGGGUGCCGUCUGGAUUCAGGCUGGUAUCACUAGCUGGGGUAAUGGCUGUGCUCAGCCCUACUCACCUGGUGUGUAUACUCUGGUGUCCCAGUACCAGACCUGGAUAUCCAGCGUUGUCAACCAAAACUUGCCUGGCUUUGUCACGUACUAACACAGUGGGACGAUCGGUGGCGGUACUGAUGGAUCCGGCAGAAUUAACGCAUUUUAAUUUAACAGCAGCAUUUAUUAUUUUACACAGGAUGUCUAUAUGUUUUUCAAUACAGGUCUAUAUUUAUAUAUUUUUUUUUACUGAGAUUAUUCUAAUAAAUCCUCUAUAUAUACAACCAUUGUA